UUUGUUUGUUUGAUUGAUUGAACGCGCUAAUCUCAGGGCCUCAAAUCUGGUCCGAUUUGAAAAAUUCUUUCAGUGCUAGAUAGCCCAUUUAUCGAGGAAGGCUAUAUUUUAUCCCCGUAUUCAUACGGGAACGGGAACCACGCGGGUGAAACCGCGCGGCAUCUACUAGUAUGUAAAUAAAAAUGAUACUGUUUCGAUUGCGGAAAUAACUGAUAAUAAUUAAUUAAUUUGUUGCCCUUGAAAACUUAAGAGAAGCGGAGAUGAUUAAAAUGAAUAAACAAUUAUGCACACACCUAAAGAAUAUUAUCAUCAGCCACAAGAUAAUAAACGGAUUGUGAUAUAACAAGGCAAAAUUAAGAAAAAAUCAUUCAGUUGACUUCAGCAAUUCACUGCCAAACAAACGUCGAGAUAUAAAUAUGGCAGAAAUAGGUAAAAUUGAAGGAACAAAUGUCUUAAUAACUGGGGGAGCUUCAGGUUUAGGAGCAGCGUAUGUUGAAGCUUUUCUUAAAUUCGGAGCAGAGAACAUAGCCAUACUUGAUGUUGCCGAGAAAGUGGGCAAAGAAUUCACGGAGAAACUUAACAAGACAUACAAAAACAAAGUCAUUUUCAUCAAAUGUGACGUGAGCAAAGAAGAGGAAAUUGAAAAUAGUUUCAAAGAAGUGCUGACUGCAUUCAAAAGGAUAGACGUUAUAAUCAACAAUGCAGGGAUUAUGGACGAUUCCCCCAAAGUCUGGAGAAUCGCUUCUGAUGUUAAUUGGCAAGGAUUAGUCUCCUUUUCUUUGAAGGGCAUAAGUCAUAUGCGUAAGGACAAGGGUGGAUCUGGUGGUACCAUUGUUAAUAUAUCUUCUGGCGCAGCCUUUCCAAAGUCAGACGUCAUACCAAUCUACGCUGGUUCUAAGGCUGCAGUAUUACAUUUUGGUAGAAGCCUUUCGUCACCAGAAUUCUACGACAACACUGGAGUACGAGUACUGACGAUUUGCUUUUGGGCAACAGCUACAGCGCUUUUGGAUGACCUUGAGGCUAAGUUUAUUGACCAAAAGCCUUCUAAGUUGUUAAUGGAAAGUUUACCAUUAACCCCGCAAAGCAUUGCUUCAGCAGUGGAAGCCUUCAUGAAGAUGUUCCGUGAAGGAGGUCCAGGGUCGGUGUGGUUGUCAACAAACGGGAAACCGGGACUGGACAUCACUUCAGAAUUGGAUGCAGCCUACGAACCUUUGAUCAAACUUACUUACGACAAAUAAUAUAACUGAGAUGGUUCGUACAUGAAGAGUCAAGAUCACUGCAUACAAGUUUAAUCUCGGACGGAAUCGGCUCAGUAAAUAUCAUCCAAAAUACAGACUUAUGACGUCACGGGGCAUGGACGGGACGGAUCGUGGUGCACCCAGGUGGACUACAUCUGGUUGCCGCCCCGUCGACGUCCUAAUCCCGUUUCGUAUGCAGUCCUUUAGUCUUUAGCUCGAAUUUAAUAACAACGAAUGUGACACAAAUAAAAUAUCACCUAACAUUAUUUUAUUUACCUACUACCAAGACCUACCUACCUAUUAGAAUGAAGGACAUAUAUUUUCCUUUUUAAUUUAGUUUGUUGCGAUUUUAGACGCAAUUUGCAAAUUAUUGCAAUCCCUCAACUUUACUCAGGUACUCUUAUACUCUUGGGUUGAAAUUCCCUUCAUAUAUAGAAAGAUAUAUAGCCCAAACAGUGGGCUAUUAAACUAGACAGAAACCCGCGGAAAAGUGCAAAAGAUAAGUGAUAAAGAUAGUAUGAUAUGUGUAUGAGAGAAAACUUACAAAUUGUAGGCACAUUAAAAAAUCCGCACCUAAAUCUAAGAGUUACGCUGCUACAGACACACAUACGGUCAAACUUAUCAUUAGAUAUUGGGCUGUUGUUGUUUACGCCCAACAGCCCCUUUGUUGGGGGUUAAACAACAACAGCCUACUACUUAACCCUCUUGUUGUUAUUCACCCAAACAAGUCAAUGACAAGUUUAGCAGCUUAACCAAACUAUGUGAUCGUUGGCCGUUAGGUGGUGAAUUUGGGGCGAUGGUAAUAGAACGGGAGCCUGCGACAGCCAGACAUAUUUUAUUUUGUGAAGGCUGACAGGUUGUCAGCCUAUGCUCCUAACAUAAGUACGGCAGUCGUUUAUGGAGUUUGACAGUGGUGGCUUUAGAAGGUAGCAACGUUCCAGAUCCUCAAUGUGUAAAAAAUUAAAAACUAUCGUCAAUUGUCCAAAUAAAGAACGUAUUUUUUGAUAUUAUCUACGAGAUAGGGGUUAUUCAAGUAUUAUUAUUGCAU